UUGAGACUCUCUCUGUCUAUAUCUAUAUAUAUGAAGCCCUUCAUUUGUUGCUGUGACCACCCAGCCUCGCUUUCUCCGUUCCCAGCCGAAAUAAAAGUACUCCCAAGUCUUCUUCAUCAGCUUUCUCAUCUCCACCUCACCUAACCGUCUUACUCCGUCUAAACAUGUCAACCAUGACAACUGUGAAUGUUCCCUCUCAGUGCAUGCUCAGAAAUGCACCUAAGAUGCAAUUCAACAGUUCUAUCAUUAAGUUCUCAUCUUCACUUGGAUCUGUGAAGAGUGUCUCCAAGUCUUUUGGCUUGAAAGCAUCCACCUCUUCCCGAACAUCAAUGGCAGUAUACAAGAUUAAGCUGAUUGGGCCAGACGGUGAGGAAAACGAGUUUGAUGCUCCAGAUGACUCUUACAUCUUGGAUUCAGCUGAGAAUGCAGGAGUUGAGCUGCCUUAUUCUUGCAGAGCUGGGGCAUGCUCCACAUGUGCAGGAAAGAUGGUAGCAGGUACUGUGGACCAGUCUGAUGGUUCCUUCCUUGAUGAUAACCAAAUGAAGGAAGGUUAUGUGCUAACCUGCGUCUCGUACCCAUCUUCAGACUGCGUGAUCCACACUCACAAGGAAAGUGAACUGUAUUAGGUGCAUUAUUGAUGAAUUGAGUAGUAUUAUGAAGUCUUGGUUGGUGGUAUCUAGGAUUUUUAUGAAUCUCAUGUUGUUUUAAGGCUCUCAUGGACCUUGUUCUGUUUUAUGGUGUUUGUUGUGGAAUUCAGUUGCAGUUUAAAUUUAGUAUUACUGCAUCGAUUUCAGUAUAGGAGUUUAACACAUCUAGAGAUGAAUUUGAUAAUAAUCCUACUAAGGAUCAUUCCGACUCUGAAGAGAGUUCAGUCCAUAUAAGACUGUAAGUUGAAACUCAACGUUUAGAGUUUUGGUGACUUCGGUCACCUAUGUUGAAGUGUUGAGCUUAAUUAUUUAUAGCAAUUUUAUAAAACAGUAAAAGUUUGAAGUUCAA